GAUUUACCGGCAUGGAAAAGACAGAAGUUCGCAUUGCUGGAAAAAUUUGGAGAGGAAGGAUGGAACCCAAGGAAGAAGCUUUCGCCAGAAACGAUGGAGGGUAUUCGCGCUCUUCAUGUCCAGCACCCGGAACUGUUUGCCAUAAAUCGACUUGCUGAGUUAUUCAAGAUCUCACCCGAGGCAAUCAGAAGAAUCUUGAGAAGCAAAUGGAGACCGGCAACAGAGGAGGAACAGAAGGAGCGUGAGGCCAGAUGGCAAGCCAGAGGAAAACGUAUCCUUGAAAAGUGGCGCGAGGACGGGAUUAUCGUCACUAAAAAG